AUGGCAGUCUCAAGACUGUCCGCGGCCUUUGCUGCCCUUACGUUCGUUUCUUCCAUUUCUUCUGUCGCCGCCGCCACAUACACCAACUCGACCUCGGUGUGCGCGACCUCCUCCAAAUGUGUUCCCUUCACCAUUGACGUUACAUGGGGCACAACCAGCUCAGAUAUUGGUGCGCCCAGAGAAGCCAUCUUGACCAACGGCACGCUACCUGGUCCCCCCCUGAAGCUCAAGGUCGGCGACUGUGUUGACUUCACCGUCAUCAACAACCUCGACACCGUGACCGGUGUCCACUUCCACGGUAUCAGACAGAAUGGCACACCGUGGGCUGACGGUGUUCCUGGUGUCUCCCAGUACAGCAUCAAGCCAGGAACUAGCUACAUGUACCAAUGGACUGCGGAAGAGUCUGGUAUCUACUUCUAUCAUGCACACUACAAGGGACAGAUGGGCGACGGUCUGUAUGGUGCUAUCCAUAUCGCUCCUGCCGACGAUGCAGAGCUUCCCUACAGCCAGAUCAGCACCAGCUCGGAUGAUGUCGCGAAGCUGACGAAGGCUGCUCUUAACACCGAGGCGCUGUUCGUCUCCGACUGGAGUGGGUACACGUUUGAAGAGCUGUUCAACAUCGAGAAGGCUGCCAACAUUGACGAUGCCUGCACUGACUCUAUCAUCAUCAACGGCAAGGGUUCGAGCUACUGCCCAAGUGCUGAUGUUCUUGCUGCCAACGCCGCUCCUCAAGUUCCCCAGAUCUUGAACGGCACGUCUUUGACCGCCAAAGGUUGCAUACCACCAAACAACAAGGCGAUCCAAGGUGCCCAGUUCACUCAGAACCUUGCAGCUCUCCCAGACGGAGUAUACUACACUUGCACUCCUCACACCGGUUCCAACUUCACCUACACAGUUGACCCUGCGGAUGGAUGGGCAUCGAUUUCUCUCAUCAACCCUUCAGCUUUCGCUCUCCUCAAGGUUACCAUUGACAACCACAAACUGUACGUCUACGAGAACGACGGCAGCUUCAUAGUUCCUCAAGUUGUCGACCAGAUCAACAUUGCUGGUGGUGACCGUAUCAGCUUCUUCGUCAAGCUCGACCAGACCCCCGGUGACUAUCAAAUCCGCGUUGCCAACCUUGGUAUUAACCAAGUCAUCUCCGGUUUCGGUGUCCUGUCCUACAAGGGUGCAUCUGGCUUCCUCGGCACUGCUGCGAUGACCUAUGGGGGUGGCAACCUCACUAAUCUGAUUCCUUUCAACCCAGCCACAGCUGCUCCGUUCCCAGCUUCCUCAGUUGCUGCUUCCGCCGAUGUCAGCUACGUUUUGGACAUCAUGAAGAGCCCUGCUCAACCUCUGGAUUCUUGGGCCUGGACACUCAGCGGCGUCAAUUCCUACAACAUGAGCCGUGACGACGCAACCCCCCCACUGUUGUUCCAGAACCCCGCCGACAUUCCUUCGUCUGAUCUGAUCAUCGAGACCUACUUGGGCCAAUGGGUUGAUCUGAUCAUCAAGGUCGCCGGUCCGGUUGCUGAGCCUCACCCUAUCCACAAGCACGCCAACAAGUUCUACGUGAUCGGAUCUGGCGUUGGUGACUUCAACUUCACCUCGGUCGCUGAUGCACAAGCUGCUGGAUACCCCUUCAACCUCGUCAACCCACCAUUCGUCGACGGCUACACCAGCACCCCCGCUGAGGGCAAUGCCACGUGGAUGGUCUUCCGAUACCAGGUGGACACUCCUGGUGCCUGGCUCCUUCACUGCCACGUCCAGACUCACUUGUCCGGUGGUAUGGCCGUUGCCAUCCUUGAUGGCGUCGACGCCUUCCCAUCACCACCCUCCGACGUUGGUAAAGUCUGCCCAGGCAGCGGGAAGAGCCACUUCCCCGGCCUCAGCAGCAACAGCACCAGCUCUGGCAGUGGAUCAAACAGCGGGUCUAGCUCAAACAGGACCUCCAGCAGCGGCUACGGCUCUCAAGCCUCUGGUGGCUCGCCCAACGGCACUACCAGCGGUGGCCAGCCGAGCACUGUUACUUCAAGCGGUGCUGGCCCUGCCACAUUUACUGGUGCUGCCGCGUCUUUGGCACCAGCAGCCCUUUCCGCUGUUGCCGUGGCUUUUGCCUUGUUCUCAUUGUAA